AUGAGCUCCACCUCAUUGCAGAACUCUGGAGCUGCCCCUGGCACUGAAAAUGAAAACCCUGAGACCACCGUAAACGAUAGCAAUGAAGUGAUCCAGAGCCAGGACAGUGACAACCCCCCGUCAGUCAAUGAAGGUAACGACAACCCAAGCGUAGCUAAGAGCGAAGAUGAAUUAUCUCAGGCCUCCUACUUGGAUGCGGGUGAGGCCCUACCUAGAUCCAAAAGCCAGGACCUCAGCGAGGAUGAUGUGCCAAUCCCCAGUAGCCAGCUCUCCCUCAUCUUUGAGAGGGAGGUGGCACCCGACCUGUCGGCCGCCCAGUCUUACAACUCCGUUACCCAGAUCCAGCCUGCUGACAACACCAACGCCACCUUCUGCCAGAUAACCAUAGCUCCCCGGCCUCCCAGCCCGGCCUCCAGCACUUGCCUGCUUAGUGAGGAGGACUGUAACAACAGCUACAUGAGAUCGAUCACCAGCCUCGUGGGGGGUGGGGAGGGGCCCAUCAGUUCUCUGUCGGACAUACUGGUUUGGACAGAGACGGCGAUGGGCACGGCCGCUGGGAUGCUGGACGCCAGCCACACGUCCGUGACUGACAUGCUGCAUGGUACAGGGACUGCCCUGCGCUCCAUGACCAGCCUUCUGGGUGGGGCCCGCACUGUUUUGACCACCGGGUUCUUGUCCGGAACUGGUGCCAUGCUUCGGACGAUGAGCCAGUUUUUGGGAAACAUUGAGAGAAGAACCGUAGAAGGCAUCCGCUUUGCCUUCCGCUUUAUGGCUCACCACAUGUCUCCCCAUAGGAAUAACACUGACUGUGACAAUGAGUAA